AUGUUCCAUGAAGGAGAUAUCCAAAGCGGCAUAGGGCUAGCUCUUCAACAGUCCAAAGCUGUUCUAUGUUUUGUCCAGGACAAUACAGAAACGAGCACGCAAUGGGAAGAGGUCCUGACGGAGGCGCCUAUAGCGUCCGCCGUGUCCUCUCAGGCGGUUGCCUUGCGACUUCAAGCCAGCUCCCAGGAAGCGGGUUUUCUGUCCCCGAUCUGCACGAUAAACAGCACACCAGCAAUUAUUGUGAUCAAGAAUGCGCAGUUGCAAGAGAAUCUCCAGUCUGCCGAGGUGUCAGUCAAGGAAUUAAAGAAUCGAUUGACUUCCGCCUUCGGCGUGCAAAGUGGAGAAGAUGAAACCAUUGAAGACUCUGGGUCUAUGGAGCCCAGCAAUCAGCCGUCCCACACAGUCAACGAGUACCUCGAUUUACAACCCGCUCCGGGACAAAUGAGAUUACCAAACAAUGCCUACGACGCCCUCCGAAACCACACUCAGAAGCUCCUAGACGAGGGAACUUCUCCGUCGGAAGUAUUCCAGACUCAGUUAACAUUGUUGAACAAUAUGCCGAUUUUUCACGAAGAAGUGGAGCGCUUGAGAAGAGGGCCACGCCCUGAACUGUCUGAAUACGCCAGAUCCCGACUUUUACGUCUACCGGCUGUUGGUCUUCGAAUCCCAGGGCAAAACAAAUCUACUUUAGAAUCUGCAACGGGGUCUCAACAGCAGUCGCCUUCCAGGUCUAAUCUUCCCGCACCAGUGAUCCCUGCAGAACGAGAUGAACCACCCUCGCUAGCUCCACGGAGCGAGACCUCUUCCCCUGCUCCAAACCAAACUGAAAUCGACAAACAAAAGGCCCAAAGAGCAGAUUAUAUCAAAAUGCAACGCGAACGAGAACAAAAGCAGCGGGAGGAGCGCGAACGGAUAAAGGCGCAAAUCAAAGCUGAUCGUGAGGAGCGGCGUCGCUUGGAUGAAAUGCGGAAGCAUGACGAGAUGGAACGUUCUACGUCAUCCGCACCGUCCUCAUCUGGUUCGCCAAGGUCGAAGGAAAAGAAGACAGAAGUGAGAGUCCAAGUCCGCACUUUCGACGGCAGCACUCUUCGCUCUACCUUCCCACCGACCUCCACGCUCUCUGCAGAUGUCCGACCGUGGAUCGACUCUAGCUCUAACACGACAGUACCAUACAACUUGAAAUUAAUCCUCACACCCCUGCCGAACCGAAACAUCGAGGCCAGCGAGGAAGAGCGAGAACUCUCUGACCUCGGAAUCGUAGGCAGUUGUACGCUCGUCAUGGUCCCUGUCAGAGGGUAUGUUGAAUCGUACGCCGGCUCAACAUCUGGUAGCCUACUUGGCGCAGCCGUGAGUGGCGGGUAUAACCUCAUCAGCGGGACAGCGGGUUUGGUGUUUGGGGGGAUGAGGAGCCUCCUGGGAUAUAACAAUCCAGCCGGCGAGCCCGAACAGUCUACUGGAACUAGCAGCCCGGGCCGAAGUGGAGAGGGCCAAACGUCAACACAGUCGACGUCGGCGAAGAAAGUCCGCGUCCGUACUCUUGCCGACCAGCGCGCCGAAGCACAGCGAGAUCAGCAGUUCUAUAAUGGUAACCAGCUGAAUUUUGAGCCGAAGAAGGAUGAUGACGACAAGGCUGAUUAA